CUUCUCUGAGUCCCUUUGGAAUAUUUAACUUUGGCUUGGAAUAAUGCAACAACAUACUAGACCCAGCCUUGCCUUCUCUAUGCCCCAUUCCUCCCCAAAUGAUUCCAAGAGUGUACACCUAAUCCUGAAUCCUUUGCUGCACUUGCCCUAGUGAAAAUCAAAGGUCUGCAAAGGCCGCGUCAUUCCUGAAUGAGGUUCGGAGUCUGAUGUUUCUGUGGGGGAUUAACAUUAACUACACUGGAGAAGAAUUACAGGAUACAGCCAGUAAGGAGGGAGAGAGAGGGAGGCAGGUGCGAUUCCUUCCACCUAAGCUUCCUGGCCUGGCAGGCAACCUUUCCAGGGUCUUUCAGGCUGCAAGCGACAAAUAGAUGAGGAUUGUGGGUUUCUCACGCGUAGGUGGCAGCGGCAAGUUAACCCCAGGAGAGGUGCCAGUCAGCAGAUAAUUUGCAAACGAAUGUAUUCUCCUCCUCCUCCGAAGAUCUGAGCCUCACGAAAUACACUCUUUUCUUCCUUUUCCUCCCUCCCGCAGUCGAGUCGCCUUCCGUCCUGCUAGGGUCCCCUCCCCGCCCGGGUCCCCUCCCCCGCCCGGGCUCCUCUCUGUCUCCCCCUCCCGGACGGCGUCCUCGCUCCGCUGGGCCCUCCUCGCCACCAGCUUGUGAAUGAGACGCUCAGUUUCUCAAUGGAGUCGCGGGGGGCUCGGGCGGCCGCGGGGCGGCCGCAGCGUUGGCCGUGAGCCAGGAGGGGGGCGCGUUUCCCUCGCUCCCUCUCCGCUCCCUCCCUCUCGCUGCGGCCGCCCGCAAAGAGCCUGCCUGAGGCAGCCGCGCAGGUCGCAGGGCCAGCGUCCGCGAGGACGGCCCGGCUGGGCGGCCCCGAGUGCUGUGGCGCUGUGGAGAAGCGGGAGUGCGGCCGAGGAAGCGGGGCGCCGAGGGGGCCGGCGGCCUUCGUGAAAUUUCCGCCGACCCUUCGCUCCCGGCUCUAAAAGUUCCUGAUUUCCGAUUUCCUUUUAAAUCCCGAGCGGCUGUUAGCUCUUCGCCUGCACUUUUUCUUCCCCAGGAGAUAAGGGGGAGUGUGAGGAAAGGAGCGAAUAAUAUAAAAAAGGAUUUCCUCCCGGAAGAGAGGGGCAGUUCGGAGAAAUUUUUCUUAAAGAAGCAGAAGCGGCGUUUGCGGCUGCUGCGGGCGCCGGGCCCUGGCCGGCCCCACCAUGCUCGAGCCUGCCCGGGGCUGCUGAGGCGCGGGGACGCGGAAGCGGAGGCCGAGCGUGCCGGGCUCCCGCGCUCGCGAGCGAGUUCUGUCCGCCCGGCGGCGGUGGCUGGGGGAUGGAGCCCGCGACCGCGCCCCGGCCCGACAUGGCGCCGGAGCUGACCCCGGAGGAGGAGCAGGCUACCAAGCAGUUUCUCGAAGAGAUUAACAAGUGGACAGUUCAGUACAAUGUUUCCCCGCUGUCUUGGAAUGUGGCUGUCAAGUUCCUCAUGGCAAGGAAGUUUGAUGUGCUCCGUGCCAUAGAAUUGUUCCACUCCUACAGAGAAACGCGAAGGAAGGAAGGCAUUGUGAAGCUGAAACCUCAUGAGGAACCUCUUCGUUCUGAGAUCCUCAGUGGAAAAUUCACCAUCUUAAAUGUUCGGGACCCAACAGGAGCCUCCAUUGCCCUCUUUACUGCCAGGUUGCAUCAUCCCCACAAGUCAGUCCAACAUGUGGUACUUCAGGCUCUGUUUUACUUGCUAGACAGAGCUGUGGAUAGCUUUGAAACUCAGAGGAAUGGACUCGUGUUUAUCUAUGACAUGUGUGGUUCCAAUUAUGCCAACUUUGAGCUGGAUCUUGGCAAGAAAGUCCUAAACCUGCUGAAGGGAGCAUUUCCAGCUCGUUUGAAGAAAGUACUGAUUGUGGGGGCACCCAUAUGGUUCCGAGUGCCCUAUUCCAUCAUCAGCCUCCUCCUGAAGGACAAAGUCCGGGAGAGGAUUCAGAUAUUAAAGACAUCUGAGGUCACGCAGCAUCUGCCCAGGGAGUGUCUUCCAGAAAACCUGGGUGGGUACGUCAAAAUUGAUCUCGCCACUUGGAAUUUCCAGUUCCUACCACAGGUGAACGGCCAUCCAGAUCCCUUCGAUGAGAUCAUCCUGUUCUCCCUCCCUCCUGCCUUAGACUGGGACUCAGUACAUGUUCCAGGUCCCCAUGCUAUGACCAUCCAAGAGUUGGUGGACUAUGUUAACGCCAGGCAAAAGCAAGGAAUCUAUGAGGAAUAUGAAGACAUUCGUCGUGAGAACCCUGUUGGCACUUUCCACUGUUCCAUGUCUCCGGGAAACCUAGAGAAAAACCGUUAUGGGGAUGUACCCUGCCUGGACCAAACUAGAGUGAAGCUAACAAAGCGAAGUGGCCAUACUCAGACAGAUUACAUCAAUGCCAGCUUCAUGGAUGGCUACAAGCAGAAGAAUGCUUACAUUGGCACACAAGGUCCUUUGGAGAAUACCUAUCGUGAUUUCUGGCUCAUGGUAUGGGAGCAAAAAGUCUUGGUGAUUGUCAUGACCACCCGGUGAGUUAAUCCCUUUUUUCCACUGGUCUCCACCUCUACUCUGUCCCCUAAGCAUAGGU